AUGGGUCAAUCUCAUGGAACGAGCAAUUGGGGGAAGGGAUUGACCUCUCACAUUGCUGGAGUUUCAAAACCUCCCCCAAUCGGCGAUCCUGACUACACGAAAUGGCAGCAAUGGGAUCACUGCGUAUUCAACUGGAUCAUCAACAACCUCGAGACAGAACUUGUGAAUGAGGUGUCAAGGUACGCGACAGCCAGGGACCUUUGGGAAGGUCUGGCCAUCACGUAUAGAAGCGGAACUGACCCGUUUCAGAUCUACGACCUGCACAGACAAGCUAUGACAAUCAAACAGGGAAACACGACCUUGGAAGGCCUAUGGAACAAAAUGCAAGACUUGUGGAUAUCAAUUGAUACCCGAGACCCCAACCCAGCGGAUGUGGAAAGCUAUAACAAGCGAGAACAGCGUCAUCGCCUAUACCAAUUUCUCAGUGCCCUAGAUGAUAAUUAUGCGAACAUCAAAAGGGAAAUCAUGGACAAGGACCCAUUACCAUCAGUCCAGAAAGCCUACGGAAUGGUACGAAGGCAGGCAAUUAACGACGGCAUUCUCAGAGUCAAAGAGCCACCAAACAGCGGAAUAGGCUCCGGACUCGCUGCCAUCGACAGAAGUCGACCAUCACCGCAGCCCAAUCACUCCCCACACACAUCUUACCGAACGUGGAACAGCUGA